UUUUUUCAUUAGCAUUUAAAUGUUUUUCAGUUAGGUUUACUAGGUUCAGUAAAACAGUGAUUUGACAAACCGGAGACUGGAGGAAUUAACCAACUCCACAAGAUGGCGGUAAUAACACUAAGGAUGCCUGCUGCCGUUUUACAUCAAAGAAGAAGAAGGCUCGGGUGGGCCACUAUACUGUUUGUAGGAAACUGCCUAGAUUAGCUUUGCUGUCUCUACUGUUUUUAGUUUCCAGAGCCGCCACCCGGUAGAUGUUGUGCCAUAAAAAGCGUGUUUUGUUUCCCUUGCUGGAGUUGGAAUUAACAGUCAAACGCCAUUAAGCAGAAUAAAGCAAUACAUUUGUAAGGAGGGAUAGCGUUACGGCUUGGUAGCGUUAAACCUGUUAAGCUCAGCUAAUUAGCUAGCAAUAGUUUGCUUGUUCAGCGGCUCGCAGGAUGUCGUACAGGAAAACUUUAAAACUUGUUUGCGGGCUCGCCGGAGGCUCUGCCGUCUUAGUAUUCGCCGCUGCCGCUGCUGACUCCCGCGGAUACUUCGGCGAGCAACGCGGAGAGGCAGGGAGUCGGUGGUCGAGAUUCACCGUUCUUCAAGCUGCGCAGCCGGCGUGGACACCUGCCAGCCACACGCCAGCCCCGACUGGACACGCCUGGGACUUUAACUGGGAUAAGAGAGACCCAUCUGCACUGACCAAUGGGAAGAAGAAAGAAAAUGCAACUGAAGACCCCAGCUCCGAGCAGGACAACGGCAAACCAAAAGCUACACGCAAUAUUCUCCUCAUCAGACACUCCCAGUACAUCCUGAGUGGGAACAGCGACAAGGAGAGGAUCCUCACUCCAUUAGGUCGUGAGCAGGCUGAGUUCACGGGAAAGCGGUUGGCAGCGUUGGGACUCAAGUAUGAUGUUCUGGUCCACUCCAGCAUGGCCAGGGCCACGGAGACUGCAAAUAUUAUCAGCAAACACCUCUCAGGAGUGGAGCUGGUGAGCUGUGAUUUGCUGAGAGAGGGUGCACCUAUCGAGCCGGUUCCACCGGUCACUCACUGGAAGCCCGACGCUGUGCAGUACCACGAAGAUGGAGCUCGCAUCGAGGCAGCGUUCCGCCGCUACAUCCACCGAGCCGACGCCAAGCAGAAGGAGGACAGCUACGAGAUCAUCGUGUGUCACGCCAAUGUCAUCCGCUAUUUUGUCUGCAGGGCUCUGCAGUUUCCUCCAGAGGGCUGGCUACGUAUGGGCUUGAACAAUGGCAGCAUCACGUGGCUCACCAUCCGUCCAAGCGGCAGGGUGGCCCUCAGAACCCUGGGAGACGCAGGAUUCAUGCCCCCGGACAAACUAACACGGACCUGACGGCCCCAACGCACGGCAGGUUUCUGGGACUCUGAUGCCCAGUUAGUCGGUUGCAGGGUCAAAGCUCAGUUUUCUCCUUAAGUGUCUUGAAAAUUACGUUUUGAUGUUAUUGUUUUGUAAUUGAACUACCAUCAUGUAACGAGAGACUUGGCGGUUGUGAUUACUUCCGUGCCAUAGAGCGCCAGCAGAAGUGAUCAACAGCUGCUCGUGAAUGUAACUGAGGAUUUUUACACAAGUGGCUGAUUUUUAAACCAAAAAAAAAAAAAUAGUUGUAUUUGUAUAGCUGUUGUAAAUGCAAAUGUUCUAAGCUUUACAUCUGUCAUUACAGUAUGCUGAAGUGUGAGGGUUAUUGUGUUGUAUGUCGCAGCUGUAGUAAAUAAAAUAAACCAAUAAAUGGCUCA